AUGGCGAGCCUUGACAGUAUGCUCGGCUCUGGGCCACAAGGCCAAAGCAUGCGAGGUACAUUCGGUCCAAAUUUUCUUUUCAACAACACCGGCGGUAGGCAGGGUUUCGACGCCCAUAUAAACUUCGGUGAUCUUCAUAUCGGUAUGGGUGCUGCAUUCGAUAGUGCACUUGAGGGAGCCUUCAGCCACCCCGUCUUUUCCGGAAACGGUGUCGCUUAUGGGCCUGGAGCCCUGAGGCCUGGAAGCUGUUUCGGUGAGAACCUUCCAUUUGGAUCUGGCAGCCAUACACAUAUUCAUGUUGGAGGCUUUGGACGAGGCGAAGACCUGCCCUUUCAUGCUCACCCCAUUCCACCACGUAGAUAUGGGCACGCUCCAGGCCCUACACGAGGUGAUUUUCCAGUCGAGUUCGAGCCUCAUCCCCUCCCAGAAGACUACCAGCCCACUCAAAGCAGCGAGCAGCGUAUCAAUAACUUCGUCACACGCAACACCGAGCCCCUCACCGCCGCCAACACUACUAGUACGACAAACACUGACUGCCCAGUCUGCAUGGAAAAUUCUGCGGCUCAUCCUUGUGUCAAGAUCAACGGCAUCCAAGGCUGUGAACACAUGAUAGGACGAAACUAUCUCAAAGAGUUUCUGAAACAGGGGCCGGAUGACGAGAAGACAUGUCCCCUUUGUAGAGCUGUCUGGCUUGCAGAGAACGGAGUUUGGCAAGAUGCAGAGCAGUCGAGUGGGCGUACUGCUACGGCGAACCUAGGUCAUCGUUUCGCGAGGCGGUGA